UAUAAGUUUAAGAAAUUUGAAAACGUGACAUGUCGCAAUGCAACAAAAAAGGAAGAAAAUAACAAGAAAGUAGUAGACACAUACGUGAGCCGUGACGACAUCGUGGAAACUUUUAGUUACCAAUUUCAUACCAUAUACUAUCAUUCAUUCAUUCACAUUCACUUCAUCUUCUUCUUCUUCUUUUCUUUCUGAUUUCAACCAACGUGAAACGAACAACAACACUCUCAUUUCAAAUCCGUUACGUUUCCUAAUCUCUUAUUAAUCAAUUAAUUACAGGUACUGUGAUUUGGACGGCUAUAUCAAGGUUGAUUAUGUCUUCGUGACUGCAAUUUUCUGCGAUAUCAAAGAUUGUGACACAACCGUGACCACCACCACAACCUCUAAACUUUGACAUUAACUUCUAAAUUUUGAAGAAGAAAGAGAAGAUAAAGAAAAUGACAGGAUUUUGGAGUGUGUUUUGUGGGCAAUCCGGUUGUUCAAAGCCUUGCAGUUAUUAUGAUGUUAAGUUUUUCGUUGAUCCGUCCACGUGUAUCAACCAUUUCUUAAUAUCUUGCUUUGAAUUAUUGCUGCUCAUCAUGCUCCUGUUCAUAAUGAUCAAGAAUUCAUUGUCAAAACCAUAUCAGGGUCUUAUACAUGGCCAAAGAUAUUCAAAUCUGCAGCUAGUUUCUGCCAUAACAAACGGUGUUCUUGGAUUAGUGCAUUUAGUCUUUGGUAUUUGGAUUUUAGAAGAGAAGUUGAGAAAAAACCAAACUGCAUUACCUCUUGAUUUGUGGUUGCUAGAAUUACUUCAGGGAUUAACAUGGUUGUUAGUUGGUUUAACAUUAAGUCUUAAGUUGAAAAAACUUCCAAGAUCAUGGUUAAGGGUUUUUUCUAUUCUUAUGUUCUUGGUUUCUGGUAUAAACUGUGCUAUAUCCUUGUUUUAUGCAAUUAGUAAGAUGCAACUGUCACUCAAGGUAGCAUUAGAUGUUCUAUCUUUUCCUGUGGCAAUUGUAUUGCUACUAUGCACAUACAAGGAAUCUAGGUAUAGCGGCACUGACAGAGAAAUCAAUGAAAGCCUUUAUGCCCCUUUAAACGGCGAGUUGAAUAAAAGUGAUUCUGGUAGUCAUGUGACGCUGUUUGCCAAAGCUGGAUUCUUCAGUAGGAUGACAUUUUGGUGGAUGAAUUCAUUAAUGAAGAGAGGUAAAGAGAAAACUCUUCAGGACGAAGAUGUCGCGAAAUUGAGGGAGGAAGAUAGAGCAGAAAGUUGUUAUGCAAUGUUUCUGGAGCAAUUAAACAAGCAGAAGCAGAAGGAUCCAUCCUCACAACCAUCUGUUUUGAAGGCAAUAGUUUUAUGCCAUUGGAGAGAAAUUUUGAUAUCUGGAUUCUUUGCAUUGCUCAAGGUACUUGCACUUUCUUCUGGACCUUUGCUUCUGAAUUCCUUUAUAUUAGUCGCUGAGGGUUAUGAGAGUUUCAAAUAUGAAGGUUUUGUAUUGGCCAUAGCACUUUUCUUUAUAAAAAAUAUAGAAUCUCUAUCACAAAGGCAGUGGUAUUUCCGCUCGAGACUAAUCGGUCUCAAAAUUAGGUCGUUGCUAACUGCAGCCGUUUAUAAAAAGCAACUGAGGUUAUCUAAUUCUGCUAGAUUGAUGCAUUCUAGUGGUGAGAUAAUGAAUUAUGUGACUGUGGAUGCAUAUAGAAUUGGAGAAUUUCCUUACUGGUUUCACCAAACGUGGACAACUAGUGUCCAGCUAUGUAUCUCAUUAGUAAUACUUUUUCGUGCCAUUGGACUGGCUACAAUAGCUUCCUUGACAGUGAUAGUUAUCACAGUACUUUGUAAUACUCCACUUGCAAAGUUACAACACAAGUUUCAAACCAAACUUAUGGUUGCACAAGAUGAGAGAUUGAAGGCUACUUCUGAGGCACUUGUGAAUAUGAAGGUUCUGAAAUUGUAUGCAUGGGAAACCAGCUUUAAAAAUUGUAUAGAAAGAUUAAGGAAUGAGGAGCUUAAAUGGUUGUCUGCAGUGCAAUUGAGAAGGGCAUACAACACGUUUCUCUUUUGGUCGUCACCAGUUUUGGUCUCUGCUGCUUCGUUUGGAGCUUGUUAUUUUCUUAAUGUUCCUUUGCAUGCAAAUAAUGUUUUCACUUUUGUGGCCACUUUACGCCUCGUUCAAGAUCCGAUUAGGACCAUCCCUGAUGUUAUUGGAGUGGCCAUUCAGGCAAAAGUUGCAUUUGCUCGGAUUCUAAAAUUCCUGGAGGCGCCCGAACUGCAGAGUGAAAAUGUUGGGAAGAGGUGCUCAGAAGGCAAUAUGAGAGGCUCAAUUUCAAUCAAAUCUGCUGACUUUUCAUGGGAAGAGAAUAAUGUAUCAAAGUCAACAUUGAGAAAUGUUAAUUUGGAAGUUAGACCUGGACAAAAGGUCGCAAUUUGUGGAGAGGUUGGCUCAGGCAAAUCAACUCUCUUAGCAGCAAUUCUCAGAGAAGUUCCUAACACUCAAGGGAAAAUUGAUGUUUAUGGGAAGUUUGCCUAUGUUUCUCAAACAGCAUGGAUACAAACAGGUUCAGUAAGGGAUAAUAUAUUGUUUGGAUCACCUAUGGAUGCUCAAAAAUAUCAGGAAACGCUUCACAGGUCUUCACUAGUUAAAGAUCUUGAGCUGCUUCCCCAUGGAGAUCUCACUGAAAUAGGAGAAAGAGGGGUUAACUUGAGUGGAGGUCAGAAGCAGCGAAUUCAACUUGCCCGUGCUCUUUAUCAGAAUGCUGAUAUAUAUCUCUUGGAUGAUCCUUUCAGUGCCGUUGAUGCACAUACUGCCACAAAUUUGUUCAAUGAAUACAUUAUGGAAGGACUUGCUGAGAAGACAGUCUUGCUUGUGACUCAUCAAGUUGACUUCCUUCCAGCAUUUGAUUUUGUUUUGUUGAUGUCAGAUGGGGAAAUCCUACAAGCUGCUCCUUAUCAACAUUUGUUGACAUCAAGCAAAGAUUUUCAGGAUCUUGUGAAUGCUCACAAAGAGACCGCUGGUUCUGACCGGCUUAUGGACGUUACUUCUUCUGAAAGAAAUUCAAAUUCUGUGAAAGAGAUUAGAAAAACAUAUGUUGAGAAGGAAAACCAAUUUGAAGCACCAAAAGGCGAUCAAUUGAUUAAGCAAGAAGAGAGAGAGAUAGGAGACCAAGGGUCUAAGCCUUACUUACAGUAUCUAAGUCAGAACAAAGGAUACAUAUACUUCUCGGUGGCUGUUCUUUCACAGCUUAUAUUUGUGAUUGGUCAAAUAUUGCAAAACUCAUGGAUGGCUGCUAAUGUUGACAAUCCCAAAGUCAGCACUUUGAAAUUGAUUCUAGUUUACUUGUCGAUUGGAGUUACUUCAACAAUUUUCUUAUUGACGCGAAGUCUUUUUACAGUUGCUUUGGGUCUUCAAUCUUCAAAAUCCUUGUUUUUACAGCUACUAAACUCUCUAUUUCGUGCACCUAUGUCGUUUUAUGAUUCCACGCCUUUAGGACGGAUACUUAGUAGGGUCUCUUCUGAUCUCAGCAUUGUUGAUCUCGAUGUUCCAUUUGGCCUUCUUUUCGCUGUCGCGGCUACUUCGAGUUGUUAUGCUAGUCUAGCUGUUUUAGCGGUAGUUACUUGGCAAGUUUUGUUUGUCUCCAUACCGAUGAUUUAUUUCGCACUGCGCUUGCAGAGAUACUACUUUGCCACAGCAAAAGAACUGAUGCGGAUGAAUGGCACAACAAAAUCCUUUGUGGCUAACCAUCUAGCUGAAUCUGUUGCCGGAGCUGUGACAAUAAGGGCCUUUGAAGAGGAAGAUCGUUUUUUUGUAAAGAACUUUGAUCUAAUUGAUAUCAAUGCUUCUCCUUUCUUUCAUAGUUUUGCUGCAAACGAGUGGUUGAUUCAACGGUUAGAAACAGUUAGUGCAGUUGUUCUUGCAUCUGCUGCACUUUCCAUGGUUGUACUUCCACCCAGAACAUUCUCCUCUGGAUUUAUUGGCAUGGCUCUCUCUUAUGGCCUUUCACUUAACGCUUCUUUAGUAUUUUCAAUUCAAAAUCAAUGCAAUAUAGCUAAUUACAUAAUAUCAGUUGAGAGACUAAAUCAAUAUACGCAUGUGCCAAGUGAGGCCCCAGAAGUAAUAGAAGGAAAUCGUCCUCCACCAAAUUGGCCAGUUGUUGGUAGAGUAGAAAUAAAGGAACUUCAGAUACGGUACAGGCCUGAUGCGCCACUUGUACUCCGUGGAAUCACAUGUACAUUUGAAGGAGGACACAAAAUUGGUAUAGUUGGUCGCACCGGAAGUGGCAAGACCACUCUUAUUGGCGCUUUAUUUCGUUUAGUGGAGCCAACAGGUGGAAAAAUCAUUGUUGAUGGCAUUGACAUUGGUUCCAUUGGACUUCAUGAUUUGAGGUCACGUUUUGGUAUUAUUCCUCAGGACCCUACUCUUUUUAAUGGAACAGUCAGAUACAAUUUGGAUCCUUUAUCUCAACACUCGGAUCAAGAGAUAUGGGAGGUUCUUGGGAAGUGUCAGUUGCAAGAGGCUGUCCAAGAGAAAGAAGGCGGUUUAGACUCAUCAGUUGUUGAAGAUGGCGCGAAUUGGAGCAUGGGACAACGGCAGUUAUUCUGUUUGGGUCGUGCUUUGCUGAGAAGAAGCCGGGUAUUGGUGCUCGAUGAAGCAACCGCGUCAAUUGAUAAUGCAACUGACUUGAUUCUUCAGAAAACCAUUAGGACUGAAUUUGCUGAUUGUACGGUCAUCACGGUAGCUCACAGGAUACCAACUGUGAUGGAUUGUACCAAGGUUCUUUCCAUCAGUGAUGGAAAACUGGUAGAGUAUGACGAGCCAAUGAAGUUGAUGAAGAGAGAAGGAUCUUUGUUUGGGAAGCUUGUCAAAGAAUAUUGGUCUCAUUUUCAAUCUGCAGAGGCUCAUUAAAGAUGAAAAUGUUUAUUGUUUAUAUAGAAUUGUCUAAAAGCGAACGAAGUGUAAAUAUAUGUAGGAUGUAACAUGUAUUAUUACAUAUUUGGACAAACACUGAGACCUAAGAAGUAAGAAAGGAAUUGGAGGAACCUAGAAGAAAAUGGUGCAGAGGAAUUCUGUUGUAAAAUUUAUAGGAUGAGGUAUGAGCAAGUUUCACACUGGAAACCUGCAUUUUUUACCAUUGCCGAUGAAUGUUAACUAUUGUACAACAUUUCAGAUCGACGCUUUACAAUUUAUAAUGUGGAUAUUGUUGUCUUUGACACCAAAACUUGAUCGAACUA